AUGGACUCACUAAAUAAUACCCGAAAUAAUGCCAUGAGAGAUAUACCCAUUUCUACCAAGGUUUAGGAUGAUGAGAUGGAUGCGAUAGAUGUUUGUUCAUGUGGCAAUGGAUAAAAAGCAGUAUAUUAUUGUUUUGAUCCUAAACCAGAUUGUGAAAUUGGCCAAAUAUAUUUUUGUGAUCAAUGCAAAAUAAACCAUUUGAGUCAUGCAUCAAUACUACUUACCGAUUUCAAAAAGAAAUACAUCAAUGAAAUCAAUAAAUCCUUUCAUCUCAUUGAUGUUACAUUUUCAAAUGCUCAAGCUAAGAUGGAUAUGUAUAGCAACUUUUUAAGUCAAUGUCAAAGAGGAAAAUCUAUAUUAGAACCGGCAGAAAAGAGAAGAGACCCACUAGAAGAUAUUAAGAAACUGGAGUAGAUUUAUGAAUAGACAAAGAGACUCAGAGAUUACGGAGAGAGCUUUUUCUAAAAAAACAAAGUUUCAGACCUCAACAAGAUCAAUAUGAAAUUCAGAGACUUCGUAAAAAUAGUAUAGGACUUCGAAUAUAUCUCAGAGAUGAAUGACUAGAUAAUAUGGGAUUGUUACUAACCUGCAUUUGAGUCUGACUUUGAAUUUGACCUCAGCAGUUUAAACACUGAGGAAAAGGAGCUGUACUAUAAAUUCAAGAUACAAGCUUUGAGUUCCAGAGUGAAAAAAUUAGAAGUAAUGCUAAAAGAACAUAAUAGUGUUAAGCAAUGUAUUGCUGCAAUAGCUGUUUAACUCAACAUCGAGGACAGAAUAAAAGGCUUUGGACUUUGA